UCUUGCCGGAGCCCGUGGCGGUCCUGCCUCCCCUGAUCGUGCAGCUGGACCAGCCCGUGGGGCCAUCAUCGUCCGAGAUCAGACAGGCCUGGGUGGAGAACAUGGACGCGGCUGAGGAGCGAAAGCUCGGCAUGGUCGAGCUCCACCCGGAGGUGUUCGCCGCCUUCCCCAAGCUUCACCUGAUACACGACAACAUGCGCUGGCAGCGGCUGUACGGACGCGUGGACCACGCCACGACGAAGACGAGGGCCGAGGUGCGCGGCGGCGGAAAGAAGCCCUGGCCUCAGAAGGGCAGCGGCCGCGCCCGGCACGGCAGCAUCCGGUCGCCAAUCUGGAAGGGAGGCGGCGUGUCGCACGGUCCUCGCGGCCCCAAGUCCUUCUUCUACAUGCUGCCGUACAGCGCGCGCGUCGGUGGCUUGUGCGCCACGCUCAGCGUCAAGUUAGCCCAGAGUGACCUGCACGUGGUGUCCGACCUGGGGCUGCCGUCGGCCGAGGCCGGCUUCCUGCAGCAGCUGGCCGAGCGGCGACUCUGGGGGCCCAGCGUCCUCUUCGUGGACGACACGGACGAGAUGCCGGAGAACAUCGCGCGGGCCGCCGACGGCAUCCCGCACUUCAACCUGCUGCCCGUCUACGGUCUGAACGUCUACAGCAUGCUGAAGCAUGACACGUUGGUACUGACGGUGGCCGGGUUGGAGAGAGUGCAAGAGCGUCUCCUCCGCGCGCUCUCUCUGCCAGACAACCGGGCCGUCAAGCACACGGACGUUGGCAUCCUCCGAUGAGACGCCAGCGACGCUCCCCACUCAGUGGCGGAACCUGCAGCGAGGUGACCGGGUGUGCGCACCGGUGCCAGCGGCGGAGCUGGUCCUGGGUCCGGCAGAGGCCUGGUGCCAGCGGCGGAGCUGGUCCUGGGUCCGGCAGAGGCCUGGUGCCAUUGGCGAAGCUGGUCCUGGGUCCGGCAGAGGCCUGGUGCCAGCGGCGGAGCUGGUCCUGGGUUCGGCAGGGGCCUGGUGCCGGCGGCAGAGCUGGUCUUGGGUUUGUGCCGAGGCAUCAUGGGCUGGUAAUGAGUGUCUUCGGUAUGCGCGUGACGUUAGCGCUUUUUAGCGAUGUGCCCAUAUGUUUUGUUAGACUUGUGCGGGUCGUGUACAAUGAUUUUGUAAGUCCUGUGAUUGAAAGUGCGUCGCUCAACUGAUGUGCGCCAUCGCGAAGUAGUGCUUCGCGUUUCUGUAUUAAAUAUCCUUCCGUUGUCGAAAGCUAAGCGGUUCACCAUCGCACUGAAACUUGGAGACGCCCUGGCGACAUCGCGUAUGCUGGGGUCGGUAUGCAUGUGUGUGUGGAUGUGAUGUGCUCAAAUACAGCUCUGUUCUGUA